GCGUUUUCAGCGGAGAUUUCAACACCUCCCUUCACUCGCAGUUUAAAUCUAGAGAGAAAACCUCUGAAGUGAAGUGUCCUCUCAGAGACUCAGCGAUGGAGUCUUUCUCUGCGUUUGUCUCAGCUGUUUUGGUUUGUGUUGUCAGUGCUGGGAUCCCUCCUGAUGGAAUACACUGGACAUACACAGAGGGAGCUUUGGACCAGAUGCACUGGCCGACCAAGUACCCUGCAUGUGGCGGCAAGAAGCAGUCCCCAAUCGACAUCCAGCGGCGCAACGUGAGACACAACCCAGACAUGUUACAGCUGGAGCUGAACGGUUAUGAUGCUCAGAGUGGGAAUUUCCUCAUGAGCAACAACGGGCACUCGGUUCAAAUUGACCUGCCUCCCACCAUGGUGAUCACUGAGGGCCUCCCAGGAAAAUACACAGCUGUCCAGAUGCACCUGCACUGGGGCGGCUGGGACCUGGAGGCCAGCGGAGCAGAGCACACCGUAGAUGGCAUCCGCUACAUGGCAGAGCUCCAUGUUGUCCAUUACAACUCUGACAAGUACAAGAGCUUCACUGAAGCCAGAGAUAAACCAGACGGGCUGGCAGUACUGGCCUUUUUUUAUGAUGACGGGCAUUUUGAGAACACCUACUACAGUGAUUUUAUCUCCAAUCUGCACAGAAUCAAGUAUGCAGGUCAGUCCAUGAAUAUAUCGCACAUCGACGUGCGCUCCAUGCUCCCCGAGAACCUCAACCAUUUCUUCAGAUACCAGGGCUCCCUCACCACUCCACCCUGCUACGAGAGCAUCCUCUGGACUGUGUUUGAUACGCCCAUAACUCUCUCACACAACCAGAUCAGGAAACUGGAGAGUACUCUGAUGGACAUGGACAACAAGACCCUGUGGAAUGAUUACCGCAUCGCUCAGCCUCUCAACGACCGUGUGGUGGAGUCUUCUUUCCUGCCACGCCUCGGGAAAGGAACAUUUUGUCGGCAAGAUGAAAUCGAAUCCAGGCUCCAGAAAAUCGAGGGUCUGAUAACGUCUCUUGGAAAGCACAUACAUUCAGGUGGACCUCGCAACCCAAGGCCUACCAAAUUCGAACCCCGCGGUCUGUUUCCUCUGGUGCUCAGCUUCCAGGAGAAAAAUUCUGGUAGUUAUGCCUUGGCCCGCCUCGGCCAUGCCAUGGACCUGGACUCCUUCACUGCCUGCAUGCACGUCCUGCCUCAGAUUGAGGGGGUCCACACGGUCAUCUCCUACUCCAGCAACGGCAAUGACAACGAGCUAAUGAUCUCCAUCGGCGAAGACAGAGAAUCGAGAGAGGUGGGCCUCUGGAUUGGCAACGAGUUUGUCAACCUGCCGCACAACUUCAGGUCCCACGACUGGGCCAACUACUGCAUCACCUGGUCGUCUCACACCGGCGGCACGGAGCUGUGGAUCAACGGCAUGGUGGGGGAGCAGCGCUACCUGAAAAGCGGUUACACAAUCAACCCCGGCGGGGUGUUCAUCCUGGGCAAAGACCAGGAUGGAUUACUGGGCAUCUCUAAUGCAGACGCCUUCGUGGGUAAGAUGACUGAUGUCAACGUGUGGGACUAUGUCCUGACCACAGCAGACAUCCGGGACCAGAUGUCAUGUGAGAGGAACAGCACCUCGGUGGGAAAUGUGUUCAGCUGGGGAACCACCAAACUCAGUCUGUAUGGAGGGGUGCAGCUGGACAGUCAGUACAGAUGCCCCUAAGAUGCUCAGCUGCUUCUGUUUGCAUGAGCUUUAAAAUGCUGCAAUAAACCAACAUAUUACUGCUGAUGGAGGGAUUUUAAAAUAUGUAUGGCAUAUGUAAUGAAGGGGAAAAUGUCUUUCAGGCACCUGUAAAGUCAAUAAACUGUUUUAUCUUUUAUCUUCAGACAUGUAUUGUUUUCAUAUCUUUGCUUAUUAAUAAAGGCUUCCAAGUGA